CAUUAGCAAUGCAAAGUCAUGGUGCUCUGAGACUCUUGUUCACAGUCGGAGACUGAGAAAAAAAAAAUCUGCUAACGUAAAUGUUUUGGAUUUGCCUCACUCCAGAGUACAGCUGAAGACCCGGAACCAAAGAUGAACUGGGCAUCCUUCUAUGCUGUCAUCAGCGGUGUGAACAGACACUCCACAGGCAUCGGUCGCAUUUGGCUCUCUGUCCUUUUCAUUUUCCGCAUCCUGGUUCUGGUGGUUGCAGCAGAGAGCGUGUGGGGCGACGAGAAGUCUGGCUUCACCUGCAACACCCAGCAGCCGGGCUGCAACAGCGUCUGCUACGACCACUUCUUCCCCAUCUCUCACAUCCGCCUCUGGGCGCUCCAGCUCAUCCUGGUCUCCACUCCGGCCCUGCUGGUAGCCAUGCACGUCGCCCACCGCCGCCACGUCGACAAGAGGCUCUACAAACUGUCGGGGCGGACCAACCCCAAAGACCUGGAGCAGAUAAAGACCCAGAAGAUGAAAAUCACAGGUGCUCUCUGGUGGACGUACGUCAUCAGCCUGCUGUUCCGUAUCAUCUUCGAGGUCAUCUUCAUGUACGUGUUUUACAUGAUCUACCCCGGGUACAAGAUGAUCCGGCUGGUGAAGUGUGACUCGUACCCCUGUCCCAACACGGUGGACUGCUUCGUGUCGAGGCCCACAGAGAAGACUGUCUUCACCGUGUUCAUGCUGGCUGCGUCAGGGGUGUGUAUUCUGCUCAACAUUGCAGAGGUGGUCUUCCUGGUGGGAAAGGCCUGCAGUAAGCACCUGAACAAUGCUGGAGACUCGACUUUGGGGGCCUGGAUCCAACAAAAGCUCUGCUCGUUGUAAGAAAGCAAAUAGAUUUUAUACCUGCACAGGUGGACGUAUACGUGACCUUAGAUCCAGAUGACAGCCAUUAAUCUAACUUGUGAGUAAGGCAGUUUGACAUGGUGACGAUCCAGAUUAUCCAGUGGAUUAUAAUCUUACUGACAAAACACAGUGCCAUGUUUGAAAAAACACUGCAAAAGUGCCCUUUCGUGUGCCCAUAUGGUCGAUAAAACAUGAUUAAGUGCCCGUCCAGUGGAGUAAAAUGUAGUGAAUUGCCCUUUUUUGUGCUCUGGUGCUGCACCACAUCCCACUGGAGCCAUUUUAAAUGUUCCGCCUGUGCCUAAAAACAUCCUCCACCGGUUACUGUCACAUGUGAACCUAAUUUUAACGUGUAAAAGAAUGAAAAACGUCACGUGAAAAAAAUUUACAUUUUCAUUAUUUAAAUGUGGAUAAUUCUCCCAUGCAUGAAAAAAAAAUGUGGCUGAUAAAUUCCAUAAAAAAAUGAACUUCUUCACAUGUUGAUCCAACAUAUUCAUGAUUCAUUUUUUCACAAGAAUGAAAAUUGUUCACAUAAAAAAAGAAAAAAAUCACAUUUUAACACAUUUCAUUGAUUCACAUCUCAUUUACUUUUUUUUUUCCCACAUGUGGAUUAAAACCAUACAUGUCACAUUCAAUCACAUAAAAUUCUACAUGUGAACUGAAAUAUCUGACAUGUGAAACAUAAAUUAUGUCACAUGUGAAAAAAGAUUUCCACAGAAUUUCCUCAAAAUUCACAUUUGAAUUGCAGACUUUCAUAUGCAAUGUGUUUUAGUUUUUCCACGUGAAAACAUAAAUAGCAGUCUGACAACAUGUUUCACAACAGUGUGCAAUACACAAGUGUUCUCACCAGACGUAAGACAUCUUCAGACUGUAUACAGCAGCAUUUUCAUACUGACAGCUUGAUGUUCGGCCAAAUAAAGAUCCAUUAAGUAACAUUUUUAUGAAGCAAUAUUCCAGCUGACCACAUUAUAAGCUUUUGUUGUCAAGGACUUGUUGUGAUUGCAAUGAAUAUUUCUUGUCUUGUAAUGAAAAAUAUAAAAAUCAUGAAUUGUCAUUCUUAUCAUUUACUAUUUAAAAUCACCAGACUGUGUCAGAAAAGUGUGUUGGAAAUAUGAUGAAAUGAUAUUCUGGGCAUUAUAAGUUAUUAUAUUCUAUUGUUUGCUUUUUGCCUAAAUCUACAUGGACUGAAUCUAAUGAGCUGUAGGUUUUACGGCAUUUCUUUCUUUCUUUCUAUCUUUUCUUUUUCGUAGCUGUUAAACUAAUACAUGGAAAACAUGUUGCAUUUCAGAAAUGUUAAAUUAUAGUGUUUGUUUAAUGCAGAUUCAUUACUUUGAUUCGUUAGAUAUAAUCAAAGCAAUAACUCACAGGAAGAAAAAACAAACUUGAAUUGCAAUGUUUCUCUGGUUUACUACUGGCUGCUUAACAUGUUAUUUAAAUGUAUUUAUUUUGAAGCUGGAUGUUUCUAUACUGUCAGUGCACAGCUGAAUAAAAUCGACCAGUUUGUGUAA